AUGGUUAAGAAAAAAGGAUCAACAACAUCAGAUGUUCCUAAAAAAGAUGCGUCAACAACAUCAGUGGCGACAAAGGGAGCUGAGUCAACGACAUCAGUGGUGACUAAGGGAGCUGCGUCAACAACACCAAUCGCUGCCAAAAACGGUACACCCACAACACCCGGGGCGCCUAGUCAAUCAGUUAUGGAAGCAUUGGCCAAGGUAAAUGCUUCAACAAGAACUGAACCUGAUAGAGAGCAUGAUAUUGCGGCUGCAAUAUACGAGAGCAGAAAACCUGCUGUUGGAAAGUGGUUUAUUGUUGUUGCCAUCAUUGUUUUGGCAUUGAUUGUUGUCGCUGGAGUUGCUUCAUUUGGUCUAAUUUUGUCGGAAUCAAAAGAUGAUUCGAGUCAGAUAAAAGUCUUUGAAGAUCACAAGACACGUAUGUUUAUAGCAAUGUAUAAUUCAUUUUCAAUUAUAUAUUUUUCAGAGACCAGUGAAUCUGUCGAGAAAGCAAUCAAAGUUGUUCGAACAUUUUCGGAUCUUGGCAAUGAUAUCAAUCUUGACGAUUUAUCAACCAAAUUGUUCAAGUAUAUUCGCCAUGAACUGGAACUCGACAAAUUGGUAUGUUCAAGUGUUUCCAGAGACACAAAAAUAGAUGUAGAUAAAAAUGAUCAUUCAUAUGAGCCUCGGAGCAUUUGCAUGGCUUCCGAAAAUCAAUUCUAUAUCAACUUUUUACAGAAUAAAACAGAACACUUGUCACAAAGAGAAAUCAAAUCGGCUGAGGAGAUGGUGGAGUCAUUCAACACCACCGAUUGUAAUCCGCCGAAAACUCUGAUCAUGAAUAAAACCCAAUUCAUGGAAUUGGUAAAUGGUUCAAUCGACACUUAUAACAGAGAGCUGAAAACCCUCGGGAAACCAGUUGAUGAGUCUCAAGCCAAUUUGAAUAGGAUUAUCACAGAAGAGUCUAACAAACCGGGAAGAUUGACGAAUCGAAAUAUUGUUGGAUAUGGCGGAAAUAUUACAACAAUGAUUUCUGAUUAUAAUACAUCAACUGUGACUCGAAAUGAUGCCUUCAUAAAAUCAACCCAAGAUCAAAUGAAAUCUCGAGAUUCUGCGAAACUUGGACAUUUUAUAACAACAAUCGGAUUAUUCUCUGUUUCUUUGAUUUUUCUUGUUGUGAUUGCUGUUUUGGCCUUCUUUUAUCAAAAACGAAAGAUUAAGUUGUAUAGCCUCAAACUAUAUUCGAAUAUUUUGAUGGGAAUUGCCAUUUUCAUUGCUUUUGCUUUGUUGAUCAUAGCAAUACUUUCAUUAAUUGGUAUAUCUUUAUUUUCAUAUGAUUGUGAAAUGAAAACACCAUCUCAAAAUUCGGACAAAAAUUUCUACACUUUUGAUGGAAAAGCUGUCAAUAUCGGGAAAAUCACGGGUGGAUGUGAAAAGGGCUCAUCAAUCUAUACGAAAAUGGAUGCAAAUUUUAAUGGGAAAAGUGUCGAGAAGUAUUUGGAUGAAUUUCAAUCUAAUGUCGAAAACUUUGCUUCUACUCUUCAUCAUUUUUCUGGGGAUUUGAAUUUUGACGAUCUCUCAGAUGUAUCCGCAUCAUUGACUACACAACUUCUUGAUUUUGGGAAGAUGCCGACAGACACAUGUUUGCAAAAACCCGAUAGGAACACUCUCAAUGAUAUUAUAUCAAUUUUUAGAAAUUGCAGAGAUGGCUUGGAAAAUUUACAAAAAAUAGCUGAAAAUAUUCUCCAAAAAGAUAUGCGUUCAAAAGCCAAAACAAUGGUACAAGAUUCUUUCAAAUCAUUGAGAAAUGAUUCUCUGAAACUUGUUGAUUCGAUCAAUGUAAGUUCAUUUUUAAUUUCAAACAAAAAUCUAAAUGUAUUUUAUUACAGAGCCAGUUGACAAAAACCGACAUCAAAUGCUAUCAAGAGAUGCCACAUGGAUUAUGUGACGAGAAAACAAUCUACUCGCGCAAUGUUAUAAUUGUGAAUUGGAUUUUGUUUGGCGUCUAUGUUUUGUUGGCAAUCUUGGCAAAGUUGCUCUUCCUAAUCCCUCAACUCGUGAUAUCAGCUGAUAAAAGCGCCGAAAGGAAGUUAGAAGAGGCAAAGAAGAAGGAAGAAGCCGAAAAAAAGAAAAGGUGAGAUUUUUGUUGUUUUUUUUUAAAUUAUUUUGUUAUUUUAUUGUUAGGCUGUUUAUCUUAUUCAUUUGGACGAGCUUGGGAAAAAGGAUGAAAUCAUUAGAAGAUUAAGAGCCAAAGAAAAAAGAAGAAGAAAGAGAUCGGAAAGAGAGAUUUUGUAAAUUUUACUAGAGGAUUAUCAUCAUCAAUUAAUCAAUUAUCGUUCAUUCAUUCAAUUAUUCAUCAAUCUUAUUAA